CUAGACGAUACCCAAGUUUCUAGCUUCAAAACUCGCCGGAUAAUCUGAACCUUCGUCGCCACUUUUACCGACCUCUCAAUAUGCCUCCGUCACCCUCCUCCGGUCUCGUGGCCAAAAUCAAAGUCCAACUCAAACUAGCCAUUGCCAGGCUGCGUAUGGUGCAGAAACGCGACGAGGCCCUCGCCAAAACCCAGCGCCGCGCCAUGGCCCAGCUGCUCGAGCAAGGCAAGACCGACUCGGCGCGCAUCCGCGUCGAGAAUAUCAUCCGCUCCGAUAUCAUCACCGAGCUGCACGAGAUUCUAGAGCUCUACUGCGAGCUGCUCCUCGCCCGCGCAGGGCUGCUCGAUGCCUCGCCUACCUGCGACCCUGGCUUAGAAGAGGCCGUCAAGAGCAUCCUCUACGCUGCGCCCAAGACAGAGAUCAAAGAGCUGCAGCAGGUCAGGGCCCUGUUGGCGGAGAAGUUUGGCAAGGAUUUUGUGCUGCAGGCGAUGGAGAAUACUGACGGGAAGGUCAGCGAGCGGGUCGUGCGCAAGUUGAGCGUCGCGCCGCCAAGGGAGGAGCUCGUGCAGGGGUACCUGGAGGAGAUCGCCCGGGCGUAUGGGGUGGACUGGCCGCCGAGGAAGGAAGCUGAACCUGCUGAGGACCUGGGAGAGCCGCCUGAUUUUAUAGGCGGAGGCGAGGGCGGUGGACAGAAGCAGAAGAGCUCAGAGACGGGCCUAUUAGGAGGGAAUGACGACGUUGAGGCGCGAGAGGAGCUCAGCAAGGCAACACCACCAAGGACGUUUGGCCCUGCCAGCCCUCUACAUGUCAACCCUCCCACCCCAUCGACGGAAAAUCCUCGCCCAAAAUUGACAUUAAACAACGUGGAGCUGACACCGACGAAGAAGCCGGCGACGGCUGGGGUGACCGUGGGGAGAAGACCGACAGAAAAGAAGGGGGGUAUCGCGGACGGGAUUCCUGAUGUGGACGAGCUAGCAAAGAGGUUCGCUCAGUUGAAGAGGUAACAUGGUGCUUGGUCAUGGGAGGAAUAAUAAGUGUGUUUGAUCAGGCUUGUGUAUGCGGGGCCUUCCUUGUCUCCAUGUGCUAUCUAUCGUGUGUCUGGCAUUGGGUGGUUCACUUGCGGUUGGAGUUUGGUGUGUUUAUUCCGCCCUGUUGAGCUGGUAGUGCUUUCAGGUGUCUGGUGCAAUUUUGAAAACAUGCUUCACGCUCAUGACUACCUUACCUACUGGAUUGGACUAGUA